GCACUGGCCUUAUCAGUUCCCAUAGAGGCCUCUUGCCUUUCUUCAACCUCCUCGGUACUUAGUUCGUUACAUCCCUACGAGUCGCACCAGUCUUUCAAAACUAUACAUAUUAUUAUACAUGUUAUCCGCGAACCUCGCCCAGGUGUGUACGGUCGUGCUAUUUCGCAACCGCAGAAGAUCCCGUCUAUCAUGGGUUCUCGGGUGGUUAUGUCCGGUGGUGAUCGGGCUGCUGGUGGAUAUGGCCUGGCCGCCAACGCUGCUCUACGCCUUGAUUGGCGUUGCGCAACGACGUGCGCCGGAGCCGUCGUCGUACGCCUCGCGGCAUAUGGAAUGCGAGAUCAUCGGUAACCCAGACUUCUACGGCCUGGGCAUUCGUCUAGGGAUCUAUUUCCAAUGGCUCUCGGCGCUGUUGGCCGGGCCCUCAGAGGGUGAGGGCCUCCUUGUCAGCUAUUUCGUCUUUGCGCUCGCUCUCUAUGUGUCUUUCUUCGUGUUUACAUUUGGGGACUCGGCCACCUUUGUUGCCGAAGUUGCAAUCAUGCUACUUAUUUUCUUCGGUGGGAUUUAUAUCAUGAUAACGUCUCGUUUCUAUCGGAAGAGAAAAGUGCCUAGGGCCAAUGCCACGGAAUAUGGGAGCAUGGGUCUGCCAAUUGUCUAUAAUCUAGUUUUGUUUCCCAUGGUACUCUAUGGUUGCUGGUUCUGGUGCAGGAUGGCAGGUGGGCGCAUCAAGCCAUUUGCGGAGAGUCCAUGUGGAACCUAUUUAUUUCUAUUCGCACGCGUCACACCGGGGCGGGUAAGGAUGGCAAGCGGUUUCAUGGCCUUUGUGUUCAUCUACACUCUUCUUGCCGUCUGCUUUUACCAACUCUCUCAGCUGAUUAUGUUUCUUGGUCCUUUACUUUUCGUAUGGCGCAACCGGAGCAACUUGGCCGCAUCAUCCGAACCACAGGCCGCGAACUCCCCUAGAGUCCCCUCUAUAGCCGGGUCUCAAGACUCUAUCCCGGCGUCUUUGCUGCGUUUUGUCCAGCUUGGCGUUCAGUUCGACGAUGCGGAUGCUGUUCUCUUCAGGCAGAGUGCUAUUCAGAUGGUCUACGUCCUACCAUUAACAGUCAUCUUUGUCCUCGUGGACCAAGGAGUCCGGCUGAUCUUAUGGACGACGGGGCAAAGCAAAAAGCCAUGGGUGGACCCACUUUUCAAAGCCGAGAGAGAAGAUGGAACUAGAGGCCCUUUGUCUUCAAUGUCCGUUGCCCUCUACGUAUUCGUAGCGAUAGCCUUGUCGAUUCUGGGCGUGGAACUGACGCUUGUUUGGAACUCCAUUUCUGGGGUGUACGAAAUAAAGUCCCCGGGGCAGUUGAUUCCGUUGAUCAUCGGCAUGGGGACUCUUGGUCAGGUUCUCUGGAAAAAGCUAAUCAGUGGCUUUGAGACGCUCGUGGAUCGACUUGUGGGUCAGUCCCCAGGAGAUGUCAACCACGGUGCGGAGCGGGAACUUGAUAGCAUUGCGCGAGAAAGGACUGUAGACAUCGAAGCUGGAGCGUCGUUCCAAUUGCCGGACAGCCGCUGGAUGGUCGUUUCAUCUUCUCUACGUCGUACUGCUGCAGAGCCUAGCCCUUCAGCUUAAUGCCAAGUAUUGCCUUGAACAAUGCCCGUUGUGGUAGAGCAAAGGGGAUUACGACCAAUAGGUUGCACAAGUGCAGGGGUAGGAUGUGUUGGGAGGGGAGAGGGUGUGGUGCCAUGGUGAAUCGGGACCUUCGGGACAUAAAUUG